GUCUGCCCCGGAAGUGCCUGUCUUCGGCUGACAGCUGCUGGCACGGCGGCGGCCCGAGCAAGAUGGCGCUGCGGCCGGGAGCCGGAGCCAGCGGCGCGGCGGGGGCGGGCGCGGGGCCCGGCGGGGCAGGCAGCUUCAUGUUUCCUGUUGCAGGUGGAAUGAGACCCCCUCAAGGCCUGAUGCCAAUGCAGCAGCAAGGAUUUCCUAUGGUCUCUGUCAUGCAGCCCAAUAUGCAAGGCAUGAUGGGAAUGAAUUACAGCUCUCAAAUGUCCCAAGGACCCAUUGCAAUGCAGGCAGGAAUACCGAUGGGACCAAUGCCAGCAGCAGGCAUGCCUUUCCUGGGGCAGCCACCAUUCCUGGGCAUGCGUCCUCCAGGCCCACAGUACACUCCAGACAUGCAGAAGCAGUUUGCUGAAGAGCAACAAAAACGAUUUGAACAGCAACAAAAACUCUUAGAGGAAGAAAGGAAAAGACGUCAGUUUGAAGAGCAAAAACAGAAGCUCAGACUUUUGAGUAGCGUGAAACCCAAGACCGGAGAGAAGAACAGAGACCACGCUUUGGAAGCCAUAAAAGGGAACUUAGAUGGAUUUUCCAGAGAUGCUAAGAUGCACCCCACUCCAGUAUCACACCCCAAGAAACCAGAUUGUCCCACAUCAUCUCAUUCUACCAAAACUGUCUCCCCAUCACCUGCCUUUCUUGACGAAGACGAAUUCAGUGACUUUAUGCAGGGGCCUGUUGAGGUGUCCGCUUGUGGGCCCUCUCCCAUGGCCCGGCCCUUUCAGUCUUUCCUUCCCACUACCCCACUCGGCCAGGUGCACACACAGAAGGCUGGAGCACAGCCUCUCCCUCCAGGUCAGGUUCCAGUGUCUUUUGCCUUACAUGGUGGCCCUGGGCAAAUCCUUUGUUUCUCUACUGCUUCAGCUUCACCCAGUGUGCAGAAAGCAGGCCCUUCCUUGGAAGAGAAGCUCCUAGUAUCUUGUGAUAUAAAUACAUCUGGGCAGGAACAAAUUAAAUUAAACACUCCUGAAGUUGGGCACAAAGCCGUAGUCCCAGGUUCCAGUAAGAGCGGUCCCGGUUUAAUGGCCCGUAAUGGGGGUGCUGUAGAUGGAUGUGUAAGUGGUCCCACCACUGCAGAGGCAGAAAAGACUUCAGACCAAAACCUGUCCAGUGGAGAGAGUGGUGUGGGUGUGUUUCCCUCUCAGGACCCUGCCCAGCCCAGGAUGCCUCCUUGGAUUUACAAUGAGAGUCUGGUUCCAGAUGCGUAUAAGAAAAUUUUAGAGACGACAAUGACUCCAACUGGAAUAGACACUGCUAAACUUUAUCCCAUUCUGAUGUCAUCUGGACUUCCCAGGGAAACACUCGGGCAGAUAUGGGCCUUAGCCAAUCGGACUACACCCGGCAAACUGACUAAGGAAGAGCUUUAUACUGUUCUCGCCAUGGUAGCAGUAACACAGAGGGGUGUUCCUGCCAUGAGCCCUGAUGCUUUGAACCAGUUCCCAGCAGCUCCCAUUCCUACCUUAAGCGGCUUUCCUAUGGCUCUGCCUACCUCAGUGAGCCAGCCGACUGCGAUGCCCUCUGUCCCUGCAGGCUCCAUGCCCCUCAGCCUUGGACAGCCCAUCAUGGGCAUUAACCUUGUUGGACCAGUGGGUGGAGCUGCAGCACCAGCUUCCAGUGGCUUCAUGCCAGCCUACCCCUCAAACCAGGUGGGAAAGACAGAAGAAGAUGACUUCCAAGAUUUUCAAGAUGCUUCCAAAUCAGGAUCCCUUGAUGAUUCUUUCACUGACUUCCAAGAGGUGCCUGCAUCCUCAAAAACAAGUAAUUCCCAGCUCGGAAACAGUGCUCCUUCUCUGCUGAUACCACUUCCUGGAACUAAAGCCUCCACAGAUAAAUACUCGGUGUUUAAAGGAAUUUCUGCUGACAAGCCCUCUGAAAGCCUGGCUUCAUUUGGAGAGUCUGGUGACAAAUACAGUGCGUUCAGGGAGCUUGAACAAACGGCAGAGAGCAAGCCUCUAGGAGAGAACUUUGCCGAGUUCAGAUCCACAGGAACCGAUGACGGCUUCACCGACUUCAAAACCGCUGAUAGUGUGUCACCCCUAGAGCCACCGACAAAGGACACUUUUCCAGCAGCCUUUCCCUCCGGAGCUGCACAACAGAAACAGACACCAGCGAAAACCCCUCUGAACUUAGCAGACCUAGAUAUGUUCUCCUCAGUCAAUUGCAGUGGCGAGAAACUGGUGCCCUUUUCAGCUGCGUUUAGCACGUCAAAGUCAGUUUCCACCAGACCUCCGCCGGCUGGCUCUGUGGCAGCCCCAGCAGCACUGGCAUCCACUAAAACUUCUAGUUUGGUAGAUGAUUUUGGAGAGUUCAACCUCUUUGGGGAAUACUCGAAUCCUGCAUCUGUUGGGGAGCAGGAUGACUUUGCAGAUUUCAUGGCUUUCGGUAACAGCUCUAUUUCAUCUGAGGCAAAAGCAGACGACAAAUACGACGUCCUCAGAGAGGAAGUGAGUUCCAGCCCCUUGGCCAACAGCACGGUGGAGAGUGCACAGAAUCCACCUGCUGCAUCUUCCAAGUACGAUGUCUUCAAACAGCUUUCCCUAGAGGGAGCUGGACUGGCCAUCGAGGAGUUCAAAGAGAACACUCCUUCUGCCAAGAGUGACGAUGACUUUGCUGACUUCCACUCCAGUAAGUUUUCAUCCACAAGCUCAGACAAAUCCCUGGGAGAGAAAGUGGUGGCUUUCAGACACGCCAAGGAAGACUCUGCUUCGGUGAAAUCGUUAGAUCUCCCCUCCAUCGGUGGCAGCAGCGUUGGCAAGGAGGACUCGGAAGAUGCGCUUUCUGUUCAGUUUGACAUGAAACUGGCUGAUGUGGGAGGAGAUCUUAAGCAUGUCAUGUCUGAUAGCUCUUUGGAUUUGCCAACAGUUAGUGGCCAACAUCCUCCUGCUGCAGGAACAGCCUUGGCGAGCGAGGAUGCUCUCCCAGAGACUCCCUUCGCAGCCUUCGCCAGCUUUAAAGACAUGAUGCCCCAGAGUGUGGAGCAGAAAGAGUGUGAAAGUGAGGACUACCAGGACUUCACAAGGCAGGACCUGCCCACAGCGGCACGGAGCCACGAGACGGCAUGUCCAAGCCCGGCUUCCAGUGUCGCCUCUCACGAAACCCCCAGGGAGUGUGCAGACGACUUUGGAGAAUUUCAAAGCGAAAAGCCCAAAAUCAGCAAAUUUGACUUUUUAGUAGCCAAUUCACAGAGCAAAAUGAAGUCCAGUGAAGAAAUGAUCAAAAGUGAGCUGGCAACCUUUGACCUUUCUGUUCAAGGUAAGCCUUCUUCUCAUGGGCUUGUCCCACUGAGGUGUUACAUUGUCAUUAAGAAAGCAAAUGACACCUUAAAUGGCAUUAGCAGCAGUGCUGUUUGCACGGAAGUUAUCCAGUCAGCCCAAGGCAUGGAAUAUCUUCUCGGCGUCGUGGAAGUGUACCGAGUAACCAGGCGUGUGGAGCUGGGGAUAAAAGCCACUGCUGUGUGCAGUGAGAAACUCCAGCAAUUGCUAAAGGACAUCGAUAAAGUAUGGAACAACCUGAUCGGCUUCAUGUCACUCGCCACACUCACGCCGGAUGAAAAUUCACUGGAUUUUUCCUCCUGUAUGUUACGGCCUGGGAUUAAAAACGCUCAGGAGCUGGCCUGUGGGGUGUGUCUCUUAAAUGUGGACUCCAGGAGCCGGAAAGAAGAGAAGCCUGCAGAAGAACAGCCUAGAAAAGCAUUCAACUCAGAAACAGACAGUUUCAAGCUGGCCUAUGGAGGACACCAGUACCACGCCAGCUGUGCCAACUUCUGGAUCAACUGUGUUGAACCUAAGCCUCCUGGCCUCCUCCUGCCAGACCUGCUCUGAAAAGCUGCUCAGUGAAGCUCCAGCUGAUUUUUGGUUGUUUCUGUCGCAUGACUUGGGGUGACAGGGAUCAAUAAACAGAAUGCAAGUGCUGCACAGUUCCUUCCCCAAGAGGUGGGGCAGAGAGACUGUAAUGGAGAGACAGCCUUUGACCAGCACUUCCCCCUGCUCCCGUUGAGACUUGAGGUGAAGUGCUAGACCUAAACCACAUGUGGCACCGGACGCUUGUUUACUUUCUCCUCUGAUUUUCCGAUUUUUGUUGAUGUUAAUGUUGGUCUGAUUUUUUUUUUUUUAGAAUAGGGUUUUGAAGCAUGCCCCUGGCUGACUUUGAAUUUGUAGAAAUCCUGUCUCUGCCUCCCAAGUGCUGGGUCAUAGAUGUGUGCCCCCUACUUUGUUUCUCUUAUUCCCGUAAGAUAUUUUACAGUGUGGAUCACAGUUUCUGUGGAGUAAUCUGCUGCUGAAGUGUUUAAAAUGUGAAAAAUUAACAAAAGAAAAAAAUAAAUUAUCCUAGAACUGGAAUCCACAAGUUUGUCUCCAGGUCCCAUGAAGCAGGACACAUUUUUCUGCAUUUAGCUUGUAGAUGCUUGAAAUGAAUAAAAGGGGAUUGUGAUUAACCUGA